AUGGGGCUCUCUGUUUUUAAUAAAAAACCCGGUGCCAAAACCUAUAGGAAGAGAGGAGGAUCAAAAAACCAAAAGAGCUGCAAUCCAUCGUCAGAGGCCUCGAAAAUCGAACAGAGAGAUCCGAAAAAGAAAUCAGCUGAGCUUCGCAAUGAUGGAGGUAGCAGAGAGCAACCACAAUCGACUGCUCCAAUGUCGGAAAAGAAAUCGGAAAAGAAACAAACGAAAGGAAGUGGUAAGCACAAGAAGAAAUCGAAGAACGCACAUAAAGCAGGAGAACUUUCCGUUGAUGGAGGUGACGCAAGCAAGGAACAUGCAAAUCAAAUGAUGAAACAGCUGGCGGAGAACCACGGAACUCCUCCUGAAACUCUUCAAACUCCUCCUGGCCACCAAAACAAUCUCAAAACUUCUCGUGAAGAGAAUCCCAGAACUAUGAAAUCUCCAACUUGUGUGAAGGUUCCAGCUGCCAACCACAAAGAUGUCGUGAACGGUGAUACCACAUCUAAAAAAGUGAGAGGGUCCAAGAUGUUAGCUGUAACUCCAGCUUAUGAUACUGAACGUUCCCAAAAGUUGAAAGUAAACUCACAUGUUCCUAAUUCGACUCUUACUCCUAAUUCUACUUUAUCCACAACUGACAAAUGGUUUGGAGAGGAAACCGCUAAAGCUUGGCUCGAAAAAGCUGAAUUUGCAAAGAUGAAAGCAGAGUUUGAGAAGCUUCAAACUAUGACAGUCAAUGUAGAAAAGGAGUGUAAGAAGUGGAAAUCAAAUGGGAAAUUGAAUCAAUCAAUGGAUGAUUUCCCAGCACUUGACGCUAAUUUAGUCACUUUUGAGAAUGUUUACGUUAACAUGAAUCUUGUUCAUGUUCCAUUGCAACGUGACAUCUAUCUCGGCCAGAUUCCAGUCAAGGGAAACGAAGAGUCAUUCUGGAAAGUUGUCUUCGAUAGGAAAACCACUUUCAUAGACAUUAUUACUGAACAAGAUUCCAUCGACUUCUUUCCGAAACGCUCUGGUGAUCACGUGUAUCAUGGAACAAUGUUUGUCAAUAAUCGACGUGUGGAGACAGUCAGUGAAGAUGUUCAUCGUUUUCUGAUUGAAGUGCUGCCAGAAGGUUGUUCCAACUCUAUUAUUUGUAAUAUAACUGUCAUUAAAAACUGGUAUCGUGAUAGUGUUCCUAAAAAGAAAGCUCUAGUUGUUAAAGAAGUCAAUGAGAUGCUCAACUUUUUGGAAAUUGCAAAGGACGAAACGGCUCUGGUUAUUUCAAAGCAUGGAGCAGGACGUGCUGGAUUAUUUGCUGCGUUGUCUGUGGCUAUGCACCUUAUGAAUAAGGGAAGUGAACCGUCUAUGUACGAUAUCGUCAAAUCUAUUCGUUCUCAACGGCCAAAGUCUGUUAAUUCUUUGCUUCAGUACACGUCUUUCUACACCUUGUUGUUCUACUACAUUAAGAAAAAGCUGGCGAAGGGUGAUGGACCCAAGAAGAUAGUUUCCCACCCAAGUGAUGCAGUUUGUCAAAAGGCCAUUCAAUUGGCAGAUCAGUUCGACAAAGCAACUCUUGCUGAAACGAAUAAAGAACAGACCUCUGCAAAUGAAAAAGAAAACUCUGUCUUCGACAAUUCAGUGGUUCCAUCAGGACCAAAUCCAACAGACAUGGAGGAGAGCUACAAGGUGAGAUUGGCAAAAUUGGAGGAAGAAGAGAGACUGAUAACUGAAAGUGAAGAAAAUUUGGAAGAUUCUAAAAGGAAGAAAAAAGAAGAAACUGAAGGAACUCUGAGAGGCGACGUUGAAGAGAAACUGACGAACAUUGGAAAAGAAUCUGAAGCUGUUUCAGAGCAGACUUUUCGAGACCAUGGAGAAAAUAAAGAGAGAACUGAAGUAAGCGAAAGCCAGAACACGACAAUCGACGUUACAGAUCAAGAAAACAAAAAAUUCGUUAAGGAAGGAUCCACAUCGUUUACUAAUGCAUCAAACAGUUCAUUAAAUAAUUCAGCAACGAAUAUAUUGAACGAUAAACAUGAUUUCAACACUCUCAGAGAGAAUACAACUUCAGAAGAGACGGUGACUCCAUCCAAAGAGGGAAAUACAACAAUCAUAACAUCAGAGGAAGCGAAGAACCCCGAGAUUAUAAAUGAUUUUGAAAAUGUCACCGAACAUUCUAACUCAACUGAAACGGUAUCCCAGGAAACUCCAAUUUUUGAAAAUUUAUCAAAUUGUAACGUGGAAUAUUGGAACAAUGUUACACUGGAAGAAGUUCCGCAUCAUGAAUUGGUAUACUGUCGAUAUUACGAUUGUAAACGGAAAGAGAUGGUUCAUCAAAUGACAUCAUUCAUUUUUCCCGAAUACACAGUUUACUGCCCUCGUCGAUCUGGAGCCAAAUUCAUUUCAAUCAGUGAAAAUCUUGAAGAUAAAGUACAGUAUCCUGUUCAAAUUGUGAAACGAUUGCUUCCUCAUCACUUCUUCACUGUUUGUGUUGCUAUGAAUGGUCCUGAAGACAAUAUUCUGAGAAUUGCUCGGUUCAUUGAGUAUUAUAAAUUACAAGGAUCCACUUUCUUCCACGUUUAUUUCAAGAAUUCGAGUCAUUAUCAGAGAAUGCUCCUAGAUGAUUAUAUCAGAACUGGUGAUAUCAAAGUAGUUAGAGUAGACGACAAUCAAUCUGACCAAGUUUUUGCUAAUGAUUGCCUUCAUCGAAACAAGUACUUUUCGAAAUGGACGGCAUUUUUGAAUUUGGAUGAUUUGUUGGAAGUAAAGGACGAGAGCGAGACGAUUUCAUCAUUCUUGGACAGUAUUACUGAUCACAAAACGAAUAUUCUUAAAUGGAGUUUAUCGGAGAGAAACGAUACAACUAGGUUGAUAGUUAGACCAGAAAGAAUAAUAUCUAUAAACCAUAAUCCUAUCUCUGUAUACUUAGGAAAUCAAAUGAACGAGAAUGACGAGUCAUCUGGUCUUCUGAAAGAAUUCGUCACUUCACUUGAAUUAUCUCCUGAAAACUUUUCUGAAAAUGUCGGGGAUAAUGUGCCAUUCAAAGAUGAACUUAUUGAAAAUGUUAUCUCUCGAACGAAGUAUGUUUACACAACCAUCGAAGUGAAUCUACAGAAAAUGGAAAAAGCGAGAUCAGAAUUCCCAUCUAUUAAUCAAAAUUUAGAGGCAUCUCUGGUUAAAAAUGAAGUGAAGAUAAAUGUGGAUCUGAAAAACGACACAGAAGUAAACGAUCCAUCAACUACAAUUCCACCUCAUGUUAAUUUCCAUAAUUCUCAUCUGAAUACAGAAGAAGAUCCGAUAUUCACUUAUAACUCAUCAUAUUGUCCAAUUGAAGAAUGGAAUAAUGUGAGAACUGACUCAAUUCCAUAUGCAGACAGACAUAAGUUAUGGGCUGAACUGAAUAUUGGACAAGCAAAAUAUUUGUAUCAUGAAUCUUUUGCACUAUUAGCAGCAUUCGCUCACAGCGAUCAGAUUAUUGUGACAAUGACAUCAGAGAAUCAGUUCAACAAGACUGUAUACUGUCGAUAUUAUGACUGUCGUCGGAAAGAGAUUCCUGAUCAAUUCGAGACGGUUGUCUACCCGGAAUCCACAGUAUUCUGUGCUCGUCGUCCAGGGGCGAAGUAUAUUUCGAUAUCUGAAACUCUUGAAGAAAAACCGGAAUAUUCUGUUCCAAUAGUUCCUCGUGUUGAGAAACCUCCACACUACUUCACAGUUUGUAUGGCAACUUUGUACGGAGAUGAACCGAAAUUUCUUCAAAUCGUUGAUUUCAUCGAGUAUUAUAAACUACAAGGAGCCACUUUCUUCCAUAUUUAUUUGAGAAAUGUGACAGAUUACGAUCGAGUUUUGUUGGAUGAUUAUGUCAGAACUGGAGAUAUUGAGAUUAUUAAAAUGCACGAUCCGUAUUGGAGAGAUGAUUUUAUGUGGCAUCAUGUUCAAAUUAAUGAUUGCCAUCAUCGCAGCAAAUACUUUUCAAAAUGGACUGCAUUAAUCGACAUUGAUGAGAGGAUGGAAAUGAGAAGUGAUUCUUAUAAAACAGUGACCAGUUUCUUGGACACAAUCCACGACCCAAAUAUUGUCAAUCUUCAUUUUAAAAUUCAAUGGAUUAUAAAAGAGUUUAAUACUCCAGAAAGAUAUGAGAAUGAUGAGCAGUUGAUUGAAGAAAUGAUUUUCCAUAAAUAUCAGAAUUUAUCUCGUGUCGGAACAUUCUGGACACAACCGAAAUGUAUCAUUCGUCCCGAGAAAAUUGGAAUGAUGACGAUUCAUGCUCCAUUGGCGAUUUAUUCGGGAAUUAGAAGAUCUUUGGUGAAUCACGAGAUUGCUGUUGUCAGACACUACAGAAAUGUGGAGCAACGAGUUUUCAGAGGCGCUUAUCAGAAAAUGAUGAAUCAUGCUCCGUUUAAUAUUUCUCCAAUUGCCGAAUGGAUUGAUCGAAAAUUGACUUCUUCGAUUCUGAAUCGUGUGAAAUGGGUUUAUGAUAUUCUCGAUGUCAACUGCGAUCAAAAGCAAUCAAUCUAUCAGAGACAUGGGAAAUUGAAUGCUUCCUGUUGGGUUGAACAACAACAAUUGAAUGAUCUUGAUCCAUCACUUGGAGGAACUAAUGCUUCAUUAUUCACUGAGGAAGAAAUGACGUUUGCGAGUCAGGCGACAUCUGAAGUAUCGCCACCAACUGAGACUUCUGAACCCUCAGAAACAUCUUCGGUCAAUACUUUUUCAACUGAGAAUGAUAAAAAUGCAUUCAAAGCACCGGAAUCAUCCGAGAAACGUUCGGAACAAUUCAGACCUUCAACGCCUACACAGGAUACCGCGAAUACCAUUGAAAACAAUCAGAUCAAUCCUGAGAACGAUAAAAAUUGGGUACUUCCCUAA